AUGCCUCAAGCGGACAGGGAGUGGGAAAUGAGGGUCCUACAAAGCGAGCGUCCUUUGGAAGCAGGCGUGGUAUAUCCUAAGAGGUUAUCGUGGUCCGACGGCCACACAGGCCCGAGUCUGGGCGUCGUUAGAGCGAAACAGGGCAGCCUGAAUUGCGAAAUACGCAUGGACGCUGCGCGCGAGUUCACGCACAGGCCAACCCACGGUCUUCGUGAACGGGCUCCUCAAACCAAUGUUGAACGCACCAACGAUCUAGUCGCCUUGGAUUGGUUGUGUCGAAAGAGGCCGCGCUUCAAGAACAAGAGCCGUGAAAGUUUCUUCAAUGAAGUGAGCGACAGAGCGACCGUCAAUGCCCUCAUGUUGAUUGAACUUGAUGAGCAGGAUGAUCCCAUAGUGCCCCCAGCAUAUGUUGACACAAUGUAUCUUUCUUAUGGAAACUACAUUCUCAAGCACAUCCUUGCAAAUUUCACCGAUGAAGAACUGAGGAAGUUCACUUCGACCAAGCUUCAACUACUUCAACCCAAGGAGUUCAAAGUUCAAUGGCAGUUUGGAUCUCGUGCCACAGUAUCAGGGGCCAUUAGGUUUACUUGGGAGCAGAUUGGUUUAGAACUUGGGGCCAAACUCAAUCUUGGAGGUUAG